CAAUAAUCAAUGGCAUUUAAAUAAACAAAAUUGUUGUCAUUUCUAUUUCCAAUCAUGGGCUGCUGCGGUUCAAAAGAUGAAAGUAGAAGUGAAGGGGUUACUGAGCGAAAAUGCACCGACGUCUUUUGGUUGAUUUUGUUUAUCCUUUUUUGGUUUUUGAUGAUCAUCAUAGCCGCUUUUUCAUUCGUUUACGGGAACCCCUUACGCAUUAUCAACGGAUAUGACUCGUUCGGCAACACUUGUGGCACAAGUAAUAACAAAGCGUUUGGAAACAUGCCCCUGAGUGGAAUAGAUACCAGCGAAAAGAAAUAUUUGCUGUUUUUUGAUGUAAGAGAACUGAAGCAGUCUCUCAAGAUAUGUGUCAGGGAAUGUCCGAAGAUGAGGCUGAAUACCCUGCAAGAUCUAAGCAGUCACCACAGAGUAGGGAUUGAUUAUUGCAGAUAUGACUUUAAUUACAACGAGCUAAAUAAUCCAAAAGCGAAUUCGUUAUCGGGCCAGUUCGGCCCUUGUCCAAGUUUGCCCAUUUAUGAAGGCGUGUCAGUUUUAAAUCGCUGCGUACCAAAACAGGUAACAGAAGUAGGAGAGGCCAUUGUGAGCAACUUUUAUGGACUUUUAAACAGCUGGAAUGUGGUUGAACAAGUUUUGGGAGAUCUUUACAGUACAUGGAAGGAAAUAUUAGGGUUAACUUUCUUAGCUUUGGUUCUAUCGCUACUUACCAUCAGUAUUUUGCACUGUUUGGCCCAUUUAGUGUCAUACAUCAUCAUGAUAGGCUUUACGAUUGCUAGUAUAGCAGGUACAGCUUUCUUAUGGUACACGUAUGUUGAUAUUAAGUAUCAUCUUAAUCAAACGCAGAAGUAUAUGCUAUUAUCUGAAUCCGUUAGGAACGAGACGGCCUUCCUCUGGUAUUCGAUUAUUGCUACUAUCAUCACGGUUGUAAUUCUAUUAAUAAUAGUUUUUAUGAGAAAGAAAGUGGACUUUCUAGCAGAUCUAUUUCAAGAAACUUCAAAAUGUGUCAUGCACCUUCCUCAAUUGUUCAUUCAACCCAUAUUAACGUUUGCUGUACUAUUGUUGUUUUUCAUGUUCUGGCUCUUCGUAGUGUUAUGCCUGGCUACUGCUUCAUUCCCGGAAAAAGGCGAGAUGACUCGAAAUACCGCAGCCAUAGUUAACUCAAGCCGUAGCGGUAGUUAUGCUUCAAAAUUGGUAUAUCCAUCUCAAACUGACCAGAAGGAGAUGAAUUUGGAGACAUUUGCUGAUAAAGUUAAAAUUUCAGUAGUGGACUAUGUGGAUGCUAGCUGGGUAAGAGGUAUGUGGUGGGUUUACUUCAUCGGACUAAUAUGGACUUCCGAAUUUAUAAUGGCUUGCCAACAAAUGGUCAUAGCAGGAUCUGUCGCACACUGGUUCUACAAGCACAAAUACAAGGAUGAAUCACAUUGUUGCUACGCCACUGGGAAGUUGAUAAAAUAUCAUUUGGGUUCUGUAGCUCUUGGUUCCCUGGUUAUCACUGCCUUUAAAAUUCCCAGGUUGAUACUGAUGUACCUACAUGAAAAAUGGAACAGAGGAAAGUCCAAGGGUAACGAAUGUGCAACAUGUGGUUUGCGGUGUUGCAUCUGUUGCUUCUAUUGUUUAGAGAAAUUCAUCCGAUAUCUGAAUCACAACGCCUACACAGUGAUUGCUAUAGAUGGUUCCAAUUUCUGUAAAGCCGCUGGAACGGCCUUUGAAGUACUUACAGCAAACAUUCUGCAAGUCGCUACAAUAAACAGCUUAGGCGAUUUCAUUUUAUUCUUGGGCAAAUGCUUCGUCACCGCUGUAACAGGCUGCGUUGGAUUAGCUUUAUUCCGAAGAGAUGCAGAGUUGACAUUUUAUGCAGCUCCUACACUGGUCGUAUGUAUUUUUGCAUUCUUCGUUGCCCAUUGUAUCCUCUCGUUGUAUGAGAUGGUUCUUGAUACAGUAUACCUGUGCAUGUGUCAAAGUGGCGAUGCCCCAGAUGGCAUCAAAAUGCAAAAUCUAGGGGUGACUACCAACGGUCAUCAGAAUGCUGAAACGGGACAACUAGAGGCUAAUUAAACUAAAUGGUUUGGUUACUAAUAAACUCUUCAUUCUAUAAUAGAUCGCUAAAACGAUGAUGAUCCUGUAACAACAACAAUCGAGUUAUUUGUAGACUACAAAAAGAUUUUGAUAUCUACAUAGUCAAUUAAUAUAAGAAAUAAGGUUAAGUUCUAGCAGUAUUGCGAAAUGCUGCAGUAUUAACAGUAUGGGAUACAAUGGGUUUGAAUUUUAGUUAUUGUUUGAAGUGAUAGCUGACAAGUGACAUCUAACAAACAAUAGCCUAAGUUAGGGAAUGUUUGGUAUUACACAAUAAGGUACGUCAUCAGUUUUAGGAUCUAUUUUCUCUAAUACGCAUAAUCUGCACGUGAUAAUGACUUUUGAAUUAUUAUUAAUCAACAAGGACAGAGUUUAUAUACAUGGAAGGAACUAAUGCACUGCUUUAAAGAAAUUCUUCACAAAAGUAUCUAGAAUUUCAUAAAAAGCAGUUUAUUCUUAUAUUUUACGAAUCUUAAUUCAAAACUGAAGGAUUUUUUGCUUUAUUUAUUUGUAUAUAUUGUUUAAUUUUUAUCUAUCAAGGUAUACUUUUAAAAAAUUAUGGACUGUGUAUAUAAACUUUAUCUCGAAAUGGUAUUUUUACCUUAGCCUCGUGGACUUUUAUUCAAAAGUAUUUUAUACUGUUUAUUCUAUAUUUUCAUAUUUUAUCAUUUUAUAGAACUUCGUUUUUGAUAUUGAUUUACCUCUGAGACGCUCAUUUCAAAUACUCAGGGACUUUUGAAGUCGUUUACACAAAUCUACAAGAGUCGCAAUAAAAGUUUUUCUUUCCAUUUUGGAUGCAUAUCAUUCAUUAGUAUAUGAUCUAAGGACAUAUAUAAGAAGACACAUAUAAACAACGAUAUAACACUAUAAGACUGACAAAUGACAGAAGACAGACAAAUGACAAGAAAAAUAACUAAUAUCAAGUGACAGUAUUAAGGAACUGCGAUAUUUUUCUUGUAAAUAUGUACCAUUACAACAAAACCGUAAUUCAUUUUACAGUUGACAGUAGUAAAUAAGUUAAAAGUGUAUUACUUAUCUCCAUGUCCAAAUCCAUCCAUAAUAUGUAAAAAUAUACCAUCCAUCUAAUAAAAUACACAUUAAACAGAUCAUAUAAUAAACUAACAUAAAAAAAGACAAUGAUAGAAUGAAAUUAACUCAAAACAGAUGAAUCAAAUUUCUCUGUGUUUGAAAAUGAAGUUUAAUUAAAUUUAUCUAUAGACGGCAGCUAUAUUUUGACUCGAAACAAUUGACAGAUGAAUAGAGCAAAUGACAGACAGCAGACGACAGCGAACAAUAUUUACCAACUACAACACACACACAAAUUUCUCCAUAAAUCUAUGUACGUGCAUAGACAUAUAAUACCUAGACUGCGCGCUGCCAUCUAAAACUAUCUGACGAUUGUGACAAAGAAAACUGAGGCUAUUAGGUUGGAAGUAUCUUUCUAAUCGACGGGGUUUAUCCAAUGACGUUGGAUUUAUCGAAGCCACGUCACUUUCCCACUGUCGCCGAUUUGAUAAACUCCUCCGAUUAGAAAAAUACUUCCGACCUAUAGUGUGGCCGGAAAGUCCCUUUACAUUAAUGAUUUGCUGUUGUACUACAGAGAGAAAAGAUAAUAACACAAUGGUUUUGUUUGUAAGUUCUUUAUUACUUAUUUAUUUAUUUAAAACAUCUGUGUGCAUACCUUCAUUGUCGUAACACAACUUAAUACGACGCCAUGUUCAUAUGCUUAUCCGUCUCAGCAUGUCCAGACUGACAAAAGCUUUGCGAACUCCGGUUCGCAAGUUCUCAUUUGAAAUAUAUCUGCGUUUUUUAAUCUUCUAUUUAAUGAAACCCCACAGUGCAUUGUCCGGUGUUGUCAAAUCUGGACUUUUUGGAGGCAGUGCAAUUGGAGAACCUCGCCCAAUUCAUCGGUCUGGUAAGAUUUCAUUCAGGCGAUUGCUAACACGCGCCAUCUUAUUGAAAAUAAACAAGGUCUUCACUUGUAAAUCCUUUCGCACGUGGUCUUCCAUUGUUGACCGUGCAAUACCAAAAUCAGUAGAACGUUUCCGCGUCGACUUCAUCGGUAAACGUUAAAAGUUUUAGCUCUAGUGCUUGGUCUUCCACUUUUUGGUGCGUUGAGAUCGGUUCCCAAUGAAAAAGCCUUCUUCUUCCACUGCAUCAAAGUUGGUCUGGAUGGUGAUGGUUAUUCAAAACGAAAAACAAGAUCAAUCAUAAUGUCGGCCAUUGUUUCAUUGCUAUGACGACGUUCGUGUUUCCACACUGCAGCCACCAAACCCUCUUCAAUUUUAUACUCACUUGUGUCCGCCAUUACUUUUCAAUCGCAACUAUUGUUGCCUGUCUGCGUGACAUGACAGGUGCCCUUGACGAUGCGCAUGCGCCGAAACGCCAACAAACAUUGGCGCGGUGUUGAAACAUUUGUAGUGUAAACGGGCUUUCCGGCCACCCUAUAUUAGCCUCAGUUUUCUCUGUUGCAAUCGUCAGAUAAUUUUAGAUAGCAGCGCGCAGUUUAAGGUAUUUAUAUGUCUAUAUUAUGUAGGUGUUAUGUAACAUAACUUAACUUAACGAUGUGUUCGUGUGUUUUGGAAUCGUCCAUUUUCUCGUGGGUCAACAUUGGUCAAAACAUCACAUAUUACGUCACAAUAGUCAAAAAUAUGUCAAUAAAUUAUUCGUAUUUUCCUUUUAGAGUUAAAGUGGUGUGUAGAUUCAGUAGAGAUUUAACUUUACUCAUAGAUCAGUCUUCACGCGUGAUGUGGCCAAAUGCGAAAGAAAAUCAUUUAUUAUAACUUUGGUAGAACUUUUUUGUAGCAAAAAAAUCUUAUAAAUUGGCAAUGCUCAUGGAAAUUAAAAAAAUGUGUGUCUAUUAAAGUACAUAUAUUAUUUUUUUACGAAAAGAAUGAAAUGAUGGUGCAGUAUUACACUCCAUAAUACUGCAGAACUUAUGAGAAGCACAGAUUACUAAGAGGUGCUAAUGUGUCCAGCCUUAUUUGACACAAGAGGUUAUUUUUCUACAUUUGAAUAGUUUGAAAGGAUCAGUAAUCUGUAGCUUUUGGUUUGUGAAAUUAAGUAUUAUAAGUUUAAGUAAACUAUAAAAAUGUCCUUUUCUGGCACAUUCGAGGAACUACAAAUUAUGAUGGAACAACUCGCAGACUGCUCCCAAUACGUCGGCCUAAAAAUGCAUGUGACAAAAACAAAAAAAUGACAGUCACAGACGACUCCAGGCGUAUAACUAUGAUACAAUAACUCUGAAGACAUGACAUGGAGCAGGUGGGCGGGGCCUACGUAGCUACGUCACUCUGAGUAGAACAGCACUAUAUUCAGUGUUGUCGUAUAGUAAACAGUGUUAAUUUUUGUGUUUAAGGUGAAUUUACUUAUAAUUUGUUAAACUUUUAUUAAAAAUGAGGUGUGCCGUGUUUGGUUGUAAUGUCGACAAUCAAUCGCAAGGUUUCGAUACGAAUAUCAAGUUUUUUAGUUUCCCAAAAGAGAAAAUAGUGCGAUGUGUGUGUAGUAUAGGAUCAGGUGUCCACUUAUAUUUUCCCCCAUUUUAACUACCUAUAACUUCUAAACGGCUCGAGAUAGAAAUAUGUGGUUUUCGCUGAAAUGUUUUAUUUUAGUAAAAGUUUUGUUUGAAUUUAUUGAAUUUUUUAUAUCGCUUUUAAAUAAAAAUUGGCGGAUUUUAAAAAAAAAACGUUGUUGACUUUUUAAUGAAACACCCAGUAUAUUUUUUUGUAAAUUGAAGGAACGGUCUUUCACUUAUCCAGCGAUAUAAGAUAUUUUAAAAUCGGUUGUCAAAUGACUGAGUAAUUAAUUUUUUAAAAUGCAAUGUGGAAAUCACAUAACAUAAUAUAAAUUUGUUUAGUUAUUUUUAAGGGGUGGGGGUAUGGUUUGAAAUAUUUAAUUUUUUUUAUUAUUUCAAAUAAAAGUGCAUACUUUCAAGAAUAGUCUCUGAAAAUUUCAAAAUAAUCGGAGUAAAAUUACCAGAGAUACAGGGUGUUGAAUAUACCUACCUUCGACUCGCGUUGCCGCGGCUUCGCGCCAGCACGCUUGAGCGUAGUGAGAAACGUUAAACAACUGUUCGCCUUCUCUUUUGUAGAUUACUCCGCAAUUCAAAAAACAUAUUCCAAUGUUCAUCACUUUACGAUUUGGCAGACAAAUCAGAAGAUGAAGAUGCAGUUGUCAAAACUUUAAACGCAUUUUUCUCAAAACUGCUUUUUCAAAUGCGGUGGACAUUGUAACUGAAAAACUACUUGACCGAUCUACCUGAAAUUUUGUAUAGAUUUUCUUUAGACAUUUAGUGAGGUAACAACGUCGAGAUAUUUUUAGUUUUGUGCUUAUUUUUUGUUCAACAAUAUUAAAUCUGUUGGUUUUCACAAAAUUUUUAUCAAACAUUUCGUAUUUUUGACUUCUGAGUGAUACCAAAAAUUCAAAAAACAUUAAAAAUAAGAAAACUCGACGUUGUUACCUCGUGAAACUCAUAAGCUAAUUAAAUCUUUUUGAAUUUUUUGUUUCGUAUGAUCCAGUGAUGAGUUCUGAUGUCCACCGCAAAAUCCAUUUUUUUUGAGCUGCCUGCCAAAAUUUGUCGCCAAUGGCUUAUUUUUCAAUAUUUUGGAUUGAAUUUUUUCUUAAAUAUUCUUUGAAUUGUACUUAAUAUGUUUAUUUAAUUUAAAAAUAAAAUAAUUCUACCAUAGCUUCGAAAAAAAAAUCACAAAAAUGUGCUUGAUUUGUUGAUUUCAAACCAUACCCCCCCCCCCUUAAUCAUAAAUAUGUUAUUUAAUUAUGUGAGUUCCACGUUGCACUUCUCAUUACAACAUUUCAGCGAAAACCGCAUAUUUCUAUCUUGAGUUGUUUAGAAGUUAUAGGCAGUUAAAAUGAAGGAAAAUAUGUGUACACCUGGUAUAUAAGGAUACGUAUCUUGCCUAAUAAUAAAAAAAUCAUGUUUGUAAUUGAUUUCUAUUAUUAGAUUAUGUUAAUCAUACUAAACAAAACAGCACUUUUAUAAAAUUUCACAACUGAUAUUAAAAGCUAAAAUCCCCAAAUCAUAAUGGCAAUGCAUUCGAAAUUUAAAGGAUCUACUCACAACGUGACGUCAUGCGCGACCUGGGCGAAAUUAGGAACGCUACGUGUCGUAUCUUGAGUUAUUGUAUCAUGGCGUAUAACCAUAAAUGGCACUGGGAUAGAACCAGUUCAUGAAUAUCACUUUACUUAGGUCAAAUUCUGAAACUUAACAAAGAGAAUCAAAGUGCGGAAAUCAGUAGAAGAGCAAGACUGACAUGGGCGGGAUUUGGAAAACUUAGUUGGAUACUUGAUAGUGAAGAUCAUUGUGGAACAUUAUUUCAUUCUUUGAGUAAAACUAAUACAGGGUGUCCCUGAAAAUAGUGCGUUCCUUUAAGGUAUGGAUAGAAUACACAAUUUAGAACAAAAAAGUCCCUUACCAUUUUUUUCUAAAGUUAACCGUUUUCAAAAAAAAAGAUUACAUUGGUUUCCAUAUACCUGAAUUUUAAUCUUCAGAAAAUUAGAUAAUCUGGCAACAUGUUACGCACUGGUGAAUAAGAACUCGUUUGUGUCUUACAGUAUUUAAAAUAAUCCAACCUAAUACUUACUAUUUUUGUUUACUAUAAUUUUUUUAAAAUGUAGUUGAAAUAUGGCAUAAUUUUAAACGAAUGAUACUUACAUAUUUUAAGAUGAAAACACAUGUUUUAACUGAACCACCACUUUUGCGAACACAUGAAUUCAUAGAGUAACAUGCACUCAUACGACGAGAAAUUCCAGCAAAACAUUUUGAAAGAAUUUUAGUAGGUAUUAUGCCUCUCCAUUUAUUGAUCUGCCAUAAAUAAACAACAUAAUAUCAUAAUAUUACUCAUGAACACACGAUUCAAAAACAUUUUAGGCGUUGACACUAAACAGGAUUCUUCCAAAUUAUCUGUUUACUAAACAUGGGACUAUUUACGUUUAGAUUUUUGUACUUCACAGAGUUGCCAGAUUUGAAUUUGCGUUCCAAAAUGUUUUAUAGUUUUUUGGUCAAACGGUUGAAUUUAGAAAAAAAUGUUAUAAGAGUUUUUUGUUCUACAUGGUGCCUUCUACCUAUACCUUUAAGGAACGCACUAUUUUCCGGGACACCCUGUAUACAUAUAAUAUGUAAACGGCUGUUUCAGCAGCUUAAAUAUUUUAUUAGGAGAAAAACGUAUGAAGCUUAUUGGCAGCUUUAAAAUUUUGAUGUUGAUAACUUCAAUUCAAACUAUUUUAAAAUAGUAAAAAACGCUUAAAAUAGUCAAGCGAUAUUGAAUGUUGGUACUUAUAUGUCUAUACUAAGCUAUAUUGUUCUAAAAAAGUGCUAUAACAGCUUAAAAAAGUUGCGUACUAAAUGCAUUAUGCAAAUGAUAGAAAACAUAUUUAUUUGAUAUUAUAUAGAGAUUAUUUUGAAUGAUUUUGAUUGCACGAUGAUUAAAAGUAGACACGAAAUUGGUUUAUAAUGAUUUUCUGUUUGUUAUUAGAUUAAUAAAAUAUUGAACUUAUACUAAGAUCUAACCAUACACUAUCUGUUUUUAACCAAUACAUAUUUAGAUACAGUACCAUUAAUAUUGGAGACAUUUUUUAAUAAUUAAUGGAUAUAUUGUAAUAUCUAAUACAUUUUAUACAAUUUCUUCUACAAAAACUGUAGCUAUAAUGGCAUAUUUUAUAAAAUAAAACAAAAUAUCAAUACCGGUUUGCUGUACAAGUAGUUUUCUGGCCAUAAAUACGAUGAUUAUAAGAAUCUAAACUAGAAGUAAAAUGCACAAUUUUUGUUAGGAUACAUUUUUUCAAGUUUGGUAACGAGAAAUAGUCAGACAAUGAAAAAUCUGGCGAAUAUACUGGCUGGCAGAUGAAUUCGAAUCCCAGUUGGCGUAGCUUUGGGGUGUACCUGUGAACUAGCCGCUACUUAAGCAGUUUGGUUAGCUUGGUGGAAGAUAAUUUCUAGACGGGAUAAACCACUGCUUUUGUUUCUUCAAUGAGCAUUGAAACCUUCCGAGAGAACAUUCUACUUAUUACUGUACCAUUUUUUUCAAAUAAUUAAUUUGAAAAAAAUCUACAUAACUCAAAAAACCGUUGCCAUAAAUAUUCCUGCCGAUUGGUAGUGUUUGCCUUCUUCAGUGUGUUUCGUGUGCCAAUGUUUCGUCCAUGACAGCCAGUGCUGUGGAUACACCUUUUCUAAGUUUGAGGAUAUCAUGAGUUGAACUCAUGGGAUAAAACUCUUAAGUACUCUAUAUCUAUGCAGUCAUUCAUUGACCUUGAAAACCUAGCAUCUGUCUUUAUAGUUACUGAACCUACUGUACUCUUAUAUGUAUACGAUACAGUUUGGCAACACUGGCGCGCUGGAAAUUGACUGCUUAGGUAUAAAACCAAAACCGAUUAUCGGUGAAGAAGGAAUUUACUUUCUAACACUGUAUGAAAAAUAAUACAAUGUAAUUAAAAAUUACAUUUUUAAGAUAACUCUUUUACUUGCAAAGCUAUUCCAGCUAACUAGUUGCCAAUAUGUAUCCCAAUCGACAAAUAUACUGAAAAUUAUGAACAAAUUUAGCAGAAAUUGUAGAAAAUUCUAAAGACUAAUAAGCACGAAUAUAUCAUUUUGUUUAAAAUGCUUGUAAAUGUAUUUUUUAUUAUGGUACAGCACGUCAAAAGGUUUAACAUGAAAUAGGUGCUUGUAUCGCGAUAAUAUCUAAAACUGACCUAAAAUAAUUUAGUAUAAUGUGAAAUAUAUCAUUAAACACAUACAAUCUCGCUAGAGUAAUAUCGAGCCCAGGUUUAAUAUAUUCCGUAAUAUAUACACAUAUGUCCAAAAGUUUGGAAUAUUGGAAUAUUUCAUAAUGUGUAAAUACGCGAAUCAGUUGAAUGUUACCAAAAUCGUAUAAAAACGAUUCAAAUUUUUUAUCAUUUUCAUUUAUAAACGCUCUAAAACUCUAGAAUGAAUAUCAACAACAGUUUUGAAACCACCAUAGGCGUAGAUUUUUACGUAUUCCAAACUUUUGGACGUGUGUGUAUUUUUUUAAACAUUGCUUGCUCAUUUUUGCAUACCAAUGGAAAAACUGAGUUUAAGGAUGUUAUGGAAGUGAUGGCAAUGAUGCAAUAAUAUAUUACAUAAAAACUAAACAUGGUGAAGAUGAGUUUAAUUCUAGUUAAAGUAAAUUAAAACUUAUAUUAUAUGAAAACGUGUGUCAGAUUAGUAUAAAGCUAGUAAGAAACAUCCACAAGAAAAAUAUUCGAUCUUGCUAUAACUUUUUUUUGGGAGGUGGGAAUAUUCUUAAGACCGUCUGGGAAGGUGUCUCAGGUGUGUCGGAUUCGGCCCGCCCUAUCUGUAUCACGAGCCGCCUACCGACUAAAUCCACCUCCUGUUUCUCCAGCCGACGGGUCUGGAACCGCUCUUAGCGAGCAUAUCUGACCCGUCGACUUUACUCAUAGCUCACCUCUGGCAAUCUCGCUAUAACUUAAUUAAUAGCCGAUAUUUAGGAUUACCAUUGUAUAAGCCUGGGCUUGCACUAUAGUUAUAUUUUUGUCAUAACUUUCUAACUGGCACAGAACUUUAAAAAAGUAAUUAUAUUAGAACUUAAAUAAUAUCUUUAUACAAUGAAAUAUAAUUUUUAUGUUUUUAGUUAUAUCUCAGAAUUCUUCUAAAUUUAUAAAUAAAAUAAAACUUAAUCUACUUAGCCUAAGUCCCCUAAUUAAUACAAUAUAUAGUAACAGAGGAAUAGGCGCGUCAAAAAUAAUUUUAAGGAGUCCUAGACAGUCAGUAUUGUAUGUCCAUUUAUUGUAUAAGCUUAUUGAACAAUACUGUUGUUGGAUAAAACAUUAUUUCACAAAUUAUUGUGAAAUACUUUCACGGCUGAUUUAUCAUCGUUUCAUAUAAUAAACACCUUUGAAGCAUAAAUAAAGCAUGUACUUUGUACAUAUGGUCAGUAUUAUUAAAAAAUAUCAAUUAUUGUGAAAAAUAUUGGGUCCAAGCCCCCUAAUCCAUGAAAUAGCUUUAUAAAGGAAUAUUUGCUUGAAAUGUAACUUAACACGUCCGGUGCCCAUGCCACACGAGUAGCGUCACGAAAGUUCUAUCAAAGGUAUCGAUGAUACAUAAGUGGCGUCAGUAGUACUGUGUUAAAAUGAAUGAUUUAAGUAAAGUUUGUUUAGCAGUAAAUGGUUGACUUCAAUUAGUGCGGUCGUAAAUAUUAUUAAAUUUAUCUGACUUGGCCCAUUGUUAAGACCGUUCCGGAGCGAUAAGCAAACGAGGUAGAUAGAGUUGGUAUUUUGACAAUUAACACUGACUAGACGCUACUCCUAUAAUAAAGUAAAGGAUCCACAAAAUUUACAAUAAUUACGACGACAAAAACAAAAAACGGAUGUAAAAUAUAUUGCUUUGUUUUAUAUACCCGAAAUUAAUGUUUUCAAAUGAGUUUUAAAAUAAACUAAAUCAACAUUAAGAAAUGAAGAUUGGCAAAUUUUACCAGGAAAUAUUUUUAAAUUUUACCUGAAACCGGGCCUUUUAUACUAUUAUCGGUUAACCCAGGAUGUUUAUAGUCGGUACUAAUUGAAGUCAACCAUUUACUGCUAAACAAACUUUACGUGGUACCAGCCAAGUGGCGCUUGUUCAAAAUGGGCACCGAACGUGUGUUUUAGACGAUUAUUGUCGUGAAUAUAUAGCACAAACUUAUUCCACAAUAAUUUUUCUAGUGAAUAUAUGUUGUACACUAUUGCUGUGCAAUUAGUUUUGUGCAAAAUAAAACAAACAGUUUAUACGUACUUGAUGUUAUUGCACAAUAUCAACCAUUUUGAAAUUGUGGUCCAGGUCUAAUUUAUCGAUCAAAUCGACUGUAUCAGAGGAACGAGAGAGUAAAAAAUAACUUUAGGCUAAAUGCUGAAUAUAUAAAUAGUGUGAAGAAUUCACUUUUUUAGUCUAGUAUAUAUAUAAUAAACAAUAAAAGGUCUGCAGACACUUGUAUCAAGCAGGCUUGGGCUUGAUUUUAUUUAAGAUUUGAAUAAAGUCAAAAUAGCCACGGUAGUAUCCAACGAAGCUGCACCAUAAGAAGAGAGGAGAUCCUAGAUGGAUAAUAUUGUGCGUCCAUUUAUUUUAUAAACUUAUUGAACAAUAAUGUUGCUUUUUAUGUUAUAUAAUAUCGUAUUACUGUGAAAUAUAUUCAUGUCUGAAUGUAUAGAUGGUCAAUACUAUAGCACAGUAUCAAUUAUUGUGCAAUAUUGCACAAUAGUAUUGUUUAAAAUAUUAUGCAAUUCAGUAGUCAAUAUGUAAAAUAAAAAGAAAGUCAGGAGUUUGAAUAGACUGUCAAUAUUAUUGCACAAUAUCAGACACUGUGUAAUAUAUUACGACUGUCUAGGGAGUAUCUUGUAAGAUAGACUGUUAAAGAAUAUUUAUUUGUUACAUUUUACGUUUGUGACUUAUGGAUAUAAAGAAGUUCAGCAAUAAUAUCAAUAAAUAAUUUUUAUUAAGAAUUGAACCAUUUUUUGAUUUAUUAAGUUUAACUUCAAGAGUCGAAAAACAAUUUUUGGUACCUAUUGUUUAUUGUUUAAAAUUCGAAAACUGCUUCUUAAGUAUUCAGCCGUGUGAUGGAUGACCGAAGUUAUCUUUAACGUUUGAGUUAAAGUUAAGAUAACUCUCAGGAAUAACGAUCCCAUAACUAUUUAGGUAAAACUCGGUGUGAUGCAUCCGUCAUCGUUAUGAGAUAGUUAUUUCUUCAACGUUAUAUUAGAAAUAACAUUUGAGGAACAAAGUUUGAAGUAACAAAGAGAACCUUAUGUAGAAAUAGUACAGAAUGGAUAGAUCACCGUAAAAGUAAAUACCCUAAGGCCACCGUCGAUGACCGAACAGCAAACGAACAGUUUGGGUUCGGUGGUGUUUCACACGGUAGAUAGAAACAGGGUUGCCACAUUGGUGUAUUUUCCCACAAUUUUGGGGUAAUUUGAAAGCGUCUAUUGAAAUUUUUCUAAGUAGAAAUUGUAGUGGGAUUUUUGGGGGCGGAAAAUUAUGGAGGAUUUUAAGGGGUCAUGGUAAAUUAAAUUUGCGAAUGUACAUAGAACUGUAUAUUAUACUCCCAUAUAAUCGAAGACGAUAGGAACUAUGCAUUAUUUCCAGGGCCCUCAUUGAUAAGUAGUAUAAUUUUGGUUUACUGUUCUCUUAAAAUGCGGCAAAAUUUUAAAUUUGGGGUAUUUGAGCUUCAAUUUGAGGGAAUUUCAGUUUCCAAGUGGGGGAUUUAUAAAAUAUCAUCUGGCACCUCUGGAUAGAAAGCUCAGUAGGUACUUAAAAUAAAAUUUCAACUUAUAUCUCUCGAUUUGAUUUUUGUAUAAUUUUUAAAAUUGUAUUACUUCAUAUAAAUUCACUUGAUUUCUGUCUAAAAACAAGUCAAAAGAUGAACCUAACCUUAUAUAUCCUUACAUAACUACAAAGUUAUCUCAUAACUUGAGGUUUAACGUAUCAGAUAACUCAAGGACUGUCAAGAAAUAACGCAAGUAGUUAAGUUAAAUAUGAUACAUCACACCAAUUCGAGGAUUAUAACUUAACUACAGGAUAACUUUAUGUUAACGAUAACUUCGGUCACCCAUCACACGGCUGAUUGUCUCCCCUUUUUAUUGUAUAAACGUUAUCUAUCAAUUGUCAAAUGUCAUUUUUCGUUCCAUACGCAAUGCAUCCAAGAUGCAUUUUGCAUUACAUUUGACAACGAAUUUAGCUUUAAAUCUCGAAAUGGCAAUUAAAAAUAUAAUUAUUGUUUUGACUAGUUCAAAUGUGAUUUCUCAAUAUAAUUACAAAUUAGAGGUGCUACAAAUAAAUAUUUUUCAAUGGCCGAUAAGGAAUGUAGUUCGCACAUACAUUCAGAUUGUCUUGGGCUAAAAAAAAUAAUGUUUAAGUACAAUAAGUAGCUACUACUGAUAAGUUAUCCAAAUGUUUGCACUGCCAUUACUGUUUAAAUAACCUACUGUGUCUGUUUUUUUACAAAUCUUACUCUUUGUGUGCCUUAGUGUGUCAAAAACAGAAUACAAAUUAGAAAAUAUUGCACAACAAAUGGUGUUACUGUAUUAUGCGGUCUACUGUCGCGUUUAUAAACGCACAAAAAUAAGAAGAAUUUAUUGACAAAUAUUUUAAUUUUACAAAUAUCCUUUGUUAUAUCUCUAUUCACUAUUUUAAUUGUCUUUGUUGUUACAAUUAAAAUAAUAAAUUAAUAUGACAAAGUAUUAAUUUGUAGAAGUAAAAUGGUAAUUCUUAUGAUUUAUGUGUUUUAUUCACUUUGUAAAGAUUUUCAUUAUAGUGUACAAACCCUUCUGAGAAAAGAUUAAAAAGAUCAGAAGAAUUAUUGUUUUAGUUUUGCAAGUUAAUACUUUAUCAUAUCAAUUUACUAUUUUAGUUAGGAAUAAGCCACAAAAUUGGCUUAUUUUGCAUAUUUGAUAGGAAUUUCUCAUGAUCAAUUACCAGUAGGAUAUGGGACUGUUAGCCAUCACCUAAAAAAUGAAGCUAAGCACGGAUAGGGUAAGUGAUUAGAGAUAAAACUGACAAUUUAUCUACAAUCAAGAAAAAAGAAAAAGAAGACGUUAAGUUGUUAGGGCUGCUGCGAGAUAAUAGUCAUGUUUAACAGCUGCGAGAUAACAGCUGCAACUUUAUUAAACACUUCUGAAAUUAAACAAUAUACAACAAGGCUAACUACUAUUCUUAAGUUAUCUUAUCACAUUACACGUCUGUUGUGAUUCACCUCAUUACAUUCUAAAGUAAAUUUUCUCUCAUCUUUUGUAGCUAUAUUGUACUUUUUACUGUACAACGAUCAAUGCAUUCAUUAUUGCGCAAUGUUGUUCGCUCAUAUUUAUAUAGACUGACGUAAGUCCUAAUAAGCAGGCACACAAGGAAUAAGACCAAAGCUUGUGCCGAUGUCAAAAUCUGUUAUAACAACAUCGAAAGAACUACUGAUAUUUGGCCACCAAUAAUUAUAGCUAUGCAAACCAGUAAUAUCAUUUACAUACACAUGUUGCAAAUAACUGGUUGAGAAUUGCCCUUACCACUCUAUCUUUAAUUGAAAAACGGUGUCGUUUUUUGUACAACUUCCUGACUUAGGCCAUUUCACUGAUUCCUGGAAGUCUUAUUUUCUUUAUUUUUUCAUUUCUUUUAUUGCAUUGUCUAUUUUUACAGCUGCAAAUAAGCUUCCCAUAUUUGAAGUGCAGCCUGUAAAAUUAAAUUUUCUUAUCUGCUUCCCAGAUAACUAGACUUGCACAAUACAUAGACAUAUAAUGCCAGAGAGAGAGAGAGAGAGAGAGAGAGAGAGAGAGAGAGAGAGAGAGACCUGUUUACAAACACUUUUCUCUGUCGCACUGAGGGGACAGUUUUAGAUUGAAUGAACAGUUUAAUAUUUAUUGCUUCCAGACGUUGUUCUGUAUAGGAGCGUUUGUUUAAAUACAUAGAACAAUGUUUUGUUGUUUGUUAUUCUGUACAAAAGUGCUAGCAAUAUUAUUAAGGCUGUGAGUGAUAAAAACGAAAUGAAAAGUAUGCGAUAAACGUAAUAUACCUACUAAUUCUUUUUAAUUCUAAAAUAGGGUAUAUUUUUUAUAUUCGUGAACAUCAAACGACGUCGGAUGUGCACUCAUGGCCCCCUCCCGCCUGUCGUAUACCGUCGUAAUAAGCAAAGACCCCCUCCCCUUUUCAACGACGUAGUUUAUGGAUGUUCCCCUAGGUAAUAUAUGUCUAUGGCACAGACUGGCUUACACACAAUCUAACUUAUGGUGUACACAGUUUAAUGUUAAACAAUUAGUUAAUUUACUCUCAAAUUUUGAUGAUCCCAAUUUUGCAAUCCACUCCGGAGACAAAAUUUCGAAUGCGCGAUGAUAUCGACCAAGCACGACUAACGUAUGAUGCCGUUAGCUAUCAUUCAUCUGCGCGAUGGUCUAAAAUUUUUGAUGGGCCGUCACCAAAAUGGAACAUAGAGAUCAAAUGAUUUUCGCGAAGUGACACUACUGAUUCUUCAGCAUUAUACUGUGUUGUUUACAUGUUUUAAUAAAAACUUGAAUACAAUAUAUGUUUAUAUGCUUUUUCUCAUGAGAAUCUUUCAGUGCGUCACAGUUUUUCGAUUUCUUUCUAACACAUUAAAUUGUAUGUGACAGAAAAAAACGCACGUCGGUGAUUACAUUUCGUCGGUGACAUUUAUAACAUUUAUUCUAGUUGUCAAUAGAUGGCGCUAUAUUCGAAAAAAAAAUUAUUUACUAAUUAUAUAAUAUAUAUCUACGAAUAUAAUCUGUACACUUUAUAAGACUAUACAAAUCAAAGAAAAUGCCAUUUUAUAAAUGCAAUAAACAAUUGAUUUGUUUUUAUGCCAAAUUGCAAAUAAAAUGUGACAACUGUCAGAUUUAACUAAAAUGUCGUGUUAGAAUAAAUGUUAUAAAUGUGUAUUAUCACGGACUUACCUUUUUUUCUCUCAUUUGUGACGCACUGAAAAAUGCUCAUGAAAAGGAGUAUAGACGUUUCUGUUGACAACGAUAAUGAUAUAAAUGUCAGCACUGACAUUGAUGAUUUGCAAAAUGAUUGAAUUGUCAACCAUCGUUAUUUAAGUGUAACAUCCAACCUACUUUAAUUGCAAUUUUUCUCGAUGAUUAUUCAUUGUCACUUGCCAUUGGAGUACAAUGAAAAUACAAUGCAAAAUAUUUUACUUAAAUUGUAAAAUGUUUUACUUUAUAUUAUGACAAAUGACUUCUGUAUUAUUAAAUUCACUAAUAGUUGUCUGGAAAUAAGAUUCUUUAUAAUGCGUUCAUACAACAUUCAGUCGGGAGCUCUGCGUUUGGUCAACUGACAAAUAUGUUCUAAACGAUGUUGUCGUAAACAGUUUUGACCAUAUUUCGAAAGCACUGAAGUAAUGUAGAGAGUACAAAGUUAUGCCUUACAUGUGUUGUUAUUUGGUCAAGCUUAUAGAAACAAAUGUUCGUGGUUAGAAUUAUUGAUGUUGGUGUUUAGUACAUUCUAUUAGUUUCCGUCCUCUUUUCAAUUACCUACAGAAGAAUUAUAUUUCUUGUGGUAGCAUGAACCUUAAGUACAAAACGUUAAAAUAAGUAAAAAGUAUAUAUGUGUUUCACUUUUCAAAUUUAUGAUAUUACAGGAAGCAUAAACUUUUAAUGCCUUAGUGAUAAUGCCUCAAAUUUAAUUUUAAAUAAGUAAUACUUCAUUUUUGAAAAAGAAUUCUUUCAUGACGUAGAUGCAUAUUUUUUAUAUCAAAUUAAAGCUAUUUUUUUUCUAAUACGGUGACGUAAAGCUGCUUAUGAAAAACAGUCCGCAAAAAUUAGAGUUGCCAGCUACUAAAAACGCAAGGUAUCAGAGAUGAAGUGAAAGAAAGUUGUCAUCUUGUCAAACCAGUGACGUUACGCGCUAACUUUCUUUCACUUUAUCUCUGAUAUUUCGCGUUAUAAUAGCUGGCAACCCUAAUUUGCGGCCAUUUAUUCAUAGGCAACUUUAUAUUAUCAUCGUUCCAUAAACAUGGUAAACCACCUCACGAACAUACCUCUUAUCGUCCUAUUAGUCUCUUACCGGUACUAGCUAAACUAUUUGAGAAGCUAUUAGCGACCAGGCUAAUGAAGAUAAUGUAUUACACCGUUCUUAGGCGUCAACGCCCUUCGGUAGGGAUCUAUUGGGGAGUAUCACCGAGCCGCAAGCCCUUAUCCCUUGCCGUACUGCUUCCUCAUAGGUCGAUCAGAUGCCCGCAUCUGAUCCUAAUGAAGAUAAUAACUGAUAAUAAUAUUUUUCCGGAUCACCAGUUUGGUUUCAGAGAGAAGCAUUCAACAAUAGAACAAGUUCAUAGAGUCGUUGACCUAGUAAAUAAAACUUUUGAAGAAAAAAAGUACUGUUCUGCACUUUUUCUUGACGUCAGUCAGGCUUUUGAUAAAGUCUGGCAUGAAGGGUUGCUCUUCAAAAUAAAAAUGAACGUUCCUGAUUUAAUGUUUACUAUACUAAAAUCAUAUUUAGAAGAAAGGUACUACCGUGUCAAGCAUGAAGCAGAUACAUCAAAAAUCUACCCUAUACGAUCUGGAGUCCCUCAAGGUAGUGUUCUGGGUUCUAUAUUAUAUCUAAUAUUUACACACGACAUACCAACAAACGAAAAUGUAACGACUACAACAUUCGCAGAUGACACAGCUAUGUUAGUCACAGAUGAAAAUCCCGCAACAGCUACCGAAUCUCUUCAAAGGCAUAUUAGGAACAUUGAAAAGUGGACAAAGAAAUGGCGAAUAAAGAUACCAUAUUUGCAAAAUGUAAAAUAUCGCUUAAUAUAGAAAUAAAUAACAAAGCAAUUCCACAAGCCGAAAGCGUUAAAUACCUUGGUAUGCACCUGGACAAAACUUUGACAUGGAGAACACAUAUAUUGGAAAAAGCGCCAACAGUUAAAUAUAAAAUUUUGUAAACAUUAUUGGAUACUGGGCAGAACAUCGAAGUUGUCUAUACGUAACAAACUGUUGGUAUACAAUACAAUACUCAAACCGGUUUGGACCUAUGGGAUCCAGCUAUGGGGUACAGCAGCAAAAUCCAACAUAUCCAUAAUGGAAAGAUUACAAUCCAAAGUGGUACGCUCUAUAACAGACGCCCCAUGAUUCGUGUCAAACAAAGACAUUUAUUGUGAUCUAGAAGUACCUACGAUCAGUGAAGUGAUAGUUCAGUGCAGUGUUCGGUAUUCUUUUUCUCAUGAUCAUCUUUCAGUGUGUCACAGUUUUUCGAUUUCUUUCUAACGCAUUAAAUUGUAUGUGACAGAAAAAAAGGCACGUCGGUGAUUACAUUUCGUCGGUGACAUUUAUAACAUUUAUUCUCGUUACUCUAGUUGUCGAUAGAUGGCGCCAUAAUAAAAAAAAUAUAUUUUUUUAAUUAGAUAAUAAUAUUACAAAUAUAAUCUGUAUAAUUUAUAAGACUAUACAAAUCAAAGAAAACACCAUUUUGUAAAUGCAAGAAACACAUUUGAUUUGUUUUUAUUCCAAAUUGAAAAUAAAAUGUGACAACUGUCAGAUUGAACUAAAAUGUCAUGUUAGAAUAAAUGUCAUAAAUGUGUAUUAUCACGGACUUACCCUUUUUCCUAUCAUUUGUUACGCACUGAAAAAUGCUCAUGAAAAGGAUAAUACAUAAAACGCCUAGAAAGCCAUCCAAAUGCCCUGGCAAUAAACUUGCUUGAUAAUAGUCGACAAACUCACAGACUAAAACGUAAAAAUCCACUGGACCUUAUUUAUAAAUAAGUUUUAUACCUCACCGUAAUUGUGUUUAUAUUUUUGAUAUAUAUGUAUUGUUUGUAAAUGUAAAAUGUAUGUUUGUAUGUAGCAUAUUAUCGGAAUGUCAUGUUUGUUCCAUACUAGAGGUCCAGUCAUUGGACUGACCUCUCUAACGUUAAUUUUUUUACUUCAAACCCCAAAGACGCUUAUUGUUAGAAUUUUUAUAACUAACAGAUUGCUGAAUAAACGUUUCAAAAAAAAAUAUUAUCGUAUUAGAAAAAAAUAGCUUUAAUUUGUUAUUAAAAACAUGUAUUUACGUUACGAAAGAAAUUUUUUUCAAAAAUGAAUUACUUACUAAUGCAUUCUAUUCUUAAAUUUAUACAAAAGUGUGAUUUUAAUUAACUCACUUAUAAACGUAGUGAUCCUGUCACUUUUUUUGUAUGUGUAGAAAUCGCGAAUUAUUAAGACUGAAUAAGCUGGUGCACACUGAAUAACUCUGCCAGAGUUAUUUUAGGGUUAAACGUUAAAAAUAACUUUAAUGUACCUACGUUAAUAACCGCAGAAUCUUUAAUCUUUUUAGAAAAGCCUAACUUUAAAUGCCCGUUACAAAAACACAACACGAGAAGUUACGGUUUGAGGGGGAACUCGAUCAAAAGUGCACAAAAUAUAUUACUUGUUAACAGUCAUAACCGAAAACAACGAUUAUACACAAGAAAUCAAAUCAAGAAUUCGAAAAGAAAAAGUACUACAUGUACGAUGACAUAAACAUAUCGAAAUCUUACAUGCUUCACUUAUAGUAUUGAAGGUAUAAUAUUGAAGUUAUAAAGUAUAAUAUUGAAGUUAUAAUAAAUUAUAGUAUUGAAAGUCAUUCCUUUACAAAUUUUGAAUUCACAUUGUCUGAUAGAAGUCCUGUACAUAUUAAUAAUGUAUUAAGCAAGUUGAUGCUUCCUGUAACCUAUUUUCUGGUUCAUUACAUCAUUUUAGGCUUACAGUAUUUAGGUAGUUAUUUCUCGAUUACUAUUUCCAAAUUUGUAAUAAUAAAACAAUAUUUUGUUAUUUUAUAUUUUAUUUAUGUAUUUUUUAUAUUUUUAUAUAUACACUUUCUUUCACAACUGUACCUACAUUGCUUUGUUAGAGAUUAUAAAAAACUGUGUUGCGCAAUAAAUGCUAAUACGAU